CUCCAAUCAGGAAGAGGUAGGCGUGUACGAGAGAUUAGUGCGGAAUCGCGCUGUAUACUUCAUUGAUAAUCUGAUUUCUGGAUUGUUUUUUUUAUAAACGCACUGUUGUCACAAUGGUUUACCACUCGCUGGCGUUACCCAUGAUCUGCUUUACCACGCUGUGGGGUUUGGUGGGAAUUGUUGCCCCGUUUUUGGUACCGAAAGGACCGAACAGAGGUGUCAUCAUAACCAGUUUGGUGCUGACUGCGGUUUGCUGCUAUUUAUUCUGGUUAAUAGCCAUACUGGCUCAAGUAAACCCUCUGUUUGGACCUCAGCUCAAGAAUGAGACCAUCUGGUAUCUCCGAUACUUUUGGGAGUAAAUAGAGGUGCAUCGUUUUCCAGUUCCAGUUGGACCAUUUAUUUCAUCAGGCAUUUAUCUUAAAAUCAGUGAAAGUGAAGUGAAAACCAAACUGGAAGAUUUAUGUGUGUCCUGAAAUUAAUAUUUAUUUUAAUGUAUAGAGCAAUUCUAUUCAGUCAAACAAAGUCUGAAUAUAGUAAUUGUAAAAUACAACACAUCUUAUAAUACAUAUGAACAAAAAAAUGUCAAAGUGAUGUUCUUGUAAUGUGCAUUGCAUUUAAAGAAACAUACCUGUCAAGUAAAGGGUAAUGUUAGUCAAUUUUUAUUGUGUAUAAUGGUCCUCACUUGCCUCUGUGACAUACUUUAUUCAGGUGUGUUUAUUGUAUGUUAAAAGUAUUUAUUUAUUGUCACUUUUGUUUGCAAAUGUGAUUGAUGUUCUGUUUUUUGUCAUUGUAUGUAUGAAAGUUGUUGUAUAUCUAAAUGAAAGACUAAGAAAAUAAAACAGCCUACUUAUGCUUUCAUA